AUGUCAACUCCUCAGAAACGUCGGCAGUUCACCGAGCGCCAAGACAUCUUAUUUCUGACCCAAAUCAGGGUGGAGAUGCCAUUCCUCGCCCGUCGUGGAAAAAUUAUGGAUGUCUGGGACUCCGUUGCACGGAAUCUGGCUACCGUGGGUGGCUUUGACCGUCCCCAGUUCGAUGGCAAGAAGGCACAAGCCCGAUUUGCCAUAUUGUUGCGUGAUCAUCGUGAAGACAACAGAGCUUCAAUGCGGGCAUCAUGCGUUUCCGAAGACGUCACGGAGAAGGCCAUCAUGCUGGACGACAUCGCAACCCAAGUGGAUGAGGCCAAGAACGAAGAAAUGCGUCGUGCAAGCACCGAAGACAGCACAGCAGCACGGUCCGAAGGAGCCGAUGCUCUUGUUCGUGACGAAGCCAUGGAAUCUCAAGGUUAA